AUGGCAGAGAAGUUUGAGUCACUCAUGAACAUCCACGGCUUUGACCUGGGUUCCCGCUACAUGGACUUGAAGCCCCUGGGCUACGGGGGGAACGGCCUGGUGUUCUCGGCUGUCGACACCGACUGUGACAAGUGUGUAGCUGUGAAGAAAAUCAUCUUGACCGAUCCCCAGAGUGUGAAGCACGCCCUGCGGGAGAUCAAGAUCAUCCGGCGGCUUGACCACGACAACAUAGUCAAGGUGUUUGAGACGCUGGGCCCCAGCGGCCGCAUGCUGACGGAGGAUGUGGUGUCCCUGACGGAGGUCAACUCCGUCUACAUCGUGCAGGAGUACAUGGAGACUGACCUGUGUCAGCUGCUGGACCGGGGCCUUCUGUCCGAGGGCCAUGCCCGGCUCUUCAUGUACCAGCUCCUGAGGGGCCUGAAGUACAUCCACUCUGCCAACGUGCUGCACCGCGACCUCAAGCCCGCCAACCUGUUUGUGAACACAGAGGACCUGGUACUGAAGAUCGGGGACUUUGGGCUGGCCCGCAUCAUGGACCCCCACUACUCUCACAAGGGUCACCUCUCUGAGGGUCUUGUCACAAAGUGGUACAGAUCUCCUCGCCUGCUGCUCUCUCCUAACAACUACACCAAAGCCAUCGACAUGUGGGCAGCUGGCUGCAUCUUUGCCGAGAUGCUCACGGGGAAAACCCUGUUUGCAGGAGCACAUGAGUUGGAGCAGAUGCAGCUGAUCCUGGAGUCCAUCCCUGUGCUGCGAGAUGAAGACCGCCAGGAGCUCCACAGCGUCAUCCCCGUCUUCAUCCGGAACGACAUGUCCAAGCCUCACACGCCGCUGGACAAGCUGCUGCCGGACGUCAGUCCGCAAGCCCUGGACUUUCUGGCCAAGAUCCUCACCUUUAACCCCAUGGAUCGUCUGACCGCGGAGGAAGCCCUGGCUCACCCCUAUAUGGCCGACUACUCCUUCCCCCUGGACGAGCCCGUCUCCCUGCACCCCUUCCACAUCGAGGACGAAGUGGACGACAUCCUGCUCAUGGACCAGAGCCAGAGCCACACCUGGGACCGGUACCAGGAGAGCCAGUUCUCGGAGGCUGAUUGGCACCUGCAGAGCACCCAUGACCCAGAUGAAGUCCAGGUGGACCCGAGAGCGCUCUCUGAUGUCACGGACGAGGAGGUGGUCCAGGUGGAUCCGCGUAAAUACGCAGACGUGGAUCGAGAGAAGUUCCUGGACGAGCCGUCCUUCGACUACUCAUCACUGUGCCCGUCGGAGCGCUCCUGGCAGGACGAGCACCACGAGAACAAGUACUGCGACCUGCAGUGCAGCCACACCUGCAACUACAAGGCCGUGUCGCCCUCCUACCUGGACAGCCUCAUCUGGAGGGACAGCGAGGUCAACCACUACUACGAGCCCAAACUCAUCAUCGACCUCUCCAACUGGAAGGAGCAGCACAACAAGGAGAAGGCCGACCGCAAGGCCAAGAGCAAGUGCGAGAAGAACGGGCUGGUGAAGGCGCGCAUGGCUCUGCAGGAGGCGGAGAAGAGCCCCGCCCAGAAGGACGCCGCGCAGGAGAAGCACCGGGCCGAGCGGCCCCCGCAGAGCCAGGGCUUCGACUUCGACUCCUUCAUCGCCAGCACCAUCAAGCUGAGCCUGCAGCCGGAGCCCUGCGCGGAGGUGGCCCUGCUCAGCGACGUGGGCCUGCUCAACGAGCUCAACGUGUCCGUGUCCCAGCUGGAGGCGCCCCGCGCCGGCCCCAUGUCCAAGACCAUCAGCCAGGAGAAGGAGGAGAAGUGCCUGGUGAACCUGGCCCAGCUGGGCACGGGGCCGCUGGGCGUGGUGGCCGGCGAGUGCGUCUGCCCCUGGGAGAGCUUCGGCCCGGCGGAGCUGGGCGGGGGGGAGACGGGCCGCCUGAUAGACGAGGCCCGCUGGGACGUGGGCAAAGAGGAGCCCUUCCAGAACGAGAGCAGCUACACCAGCUACCUGGACCACCUGUUCAGCCGCCGGGAGGAGGAGACGGGCCCCGAGGCCGAGCCCCCCGUGGUCAGAGAGCUGGACGACGGCUUCCUGGACGGUCACACGGAGAUCGUGCUCAACAUGCAGCUGGACUCUCUGGCCCUGCCCGGCUUCGACAGCCCCGACGAACUGCCUCUGAAAUCCAUCCAGGCAUCCUUCAGCCCCUGUGCGGUCAAAUGCUCGCCCCAAAUCGCCCACAAAACAUACAGCAGCAUCUUCAAGCAUCUUAAUUAA